CAAUGGUCAGUGGUAAACCCCGCAUUCCUCACAUUACCUCCUGCUGACCCUCCAGCCAUCUCGACUGGACUAGACAAAACUUUCUACUGUAGCCUAAUGGAGAGUUGGGCUAUUACGCAACUGCCCAGGGCGACGAUGGUUUGAGGCGAUAGGCAGAUAGGUUAGGCUACUUAGCAAGACUCAGUAAAGUACGUCUAUAGAAUCUGAGUUAUCGGCGUUCUCUAAAAGGUGAUCAACCUAUCUUACUUGGGUGUGUCGACCACAUCGCGCAGUUUACUUCAGGAAGCGCCUCCUCCAGGGAAGGUUGCACUGGUCUGUGCUGUCACAUAAGAUAUGUAGUCCGUGACUACUUUUAUUUGACAACAGAGCCGUUUGGGAAUUUAAUUGUCUUGAAGUACGUGCGCGCGCCAACCAUAAAGAAAAGAGAGCUAUUUGACAACAUUAAAUGGCGCACGCAACAGCUAUGUGUACCAUUCUGGUGCCGAUUCUGAUACUGAUUACACAAGUACAGGGGUACGGCAAAGAACUCCAGAAGCUUCACAGGCAGAAGAGAGAGUGGAUUAUUCCUCCCCGGAAAUUAGAAGAGAAUGUGGAUGAAACUAAAAAGGAGUUCAUAGCCAAGAUUCGUUCUGACUACGAGACAAGAAACAACAUCCGCUACUCCCUCCUCGGCAAAGGUGCCACUGAAGACCCUGUGAACCUCUUUACAGUGAAUACAGAAAAUGGCUAUGUCAGGAUCAAUGGCAUUCUUGACAGGGAGGAGAAAUCUCGUUACUAUUUGCAAGGAGUGGCAAAGUUCGCAAAUGGGACCCGGGCCGAAAAAGAUAUCGAACUGGUAAUAAUGGUCAUAGACCAAAAUGACUGCCCUCCUGUGUUCUCUUUUGAAGAAGGUCAAAGUGUUGCAGAGAUCUAUGAAUUAAGUGAAAUAGGCACCUCUGUGAUGACAGUCACAGCCACAGAUGCAGAUGAGCCCAACACGCUUCACUCCCAGAUUUCCUACUCACUUGUGCAGGAGGGAAGCUCCAACAUGUUCUACAUUGACCGUCAAACAGGAGAGGUCUCUGUCAGGACAAAUGCUCUGGACAGAGAGGUCCAGGAUGUCUACACUCUGACCGUCAAAGGAACUGACAUGAAUGGAGCUCCUGGGGGGAAUUCAGGAACUGGGAAGGUCGUUAUCAGACUUAUGGAUGUAAACGACAACGUUCCAACCCUGGAAAACACCCAUUAUGAGGCCAACGUAAUGGAGAACACAUUCAACGUGACGGUGUUGAAGAUCAAAGCACUGGACCUUGAUUUAAUCCACACAGACAACUGGUUGGCCAUUUUCACCAUUGUGUCUGGAAAUGAGGCAGGAUACUUCACCAUCACCACGGACAAAAAGACAAAUGAGGGAAUACUGGUGCUGAACAAGCCCAUAGACUACGAGGAACUGAAGGAGCUUAAUCUCCAGGUGGUUGUUUCCAACGUGGCCAAGUACCACUCCUCUGUCAUCAUCACCGAGACCAAGACGUACCCUAUCAAGAUCCAUGUGCAAAACGAGGCGGAAGGCCCUCGCUUCCAUCCCUCAGUCAAAGUGGUAACUGUGUCCGAGGACCACACCACGAUUGACCUGAAGCAGAUCAUCACUACCUACAAGGCCAUAGACAGUGACACCCUGCUGCAUGCCACCAAUGUCAUAUAUCUAAAAGGAGAAGACAAGGACAACUGGAUUAGCAUAGACCAAACCACCGCUGAUAUCAGACUUAACAAACUGCCGGACAGAGAAUCCAAAUAUUUGAUCAAUGGGACAUACUAUGCCAAAAUCAUUUGUGUCUCAAAAGAUUCUUCACAGAAAACAGCUACUGGAACCAUCGCUAUUCAGGUGGAGGACUCCAAUGACCACUGUCCAACGCUGGUCCACCCAACACAGACUGUGUGUUUUGAGGAGAACGUGGACCAUGUAGUGUAUGUCACCGCAGUAGAUGGCGACGCAUUCCCCAACGGAGCACCGUUUGACUUUAAAAUCACUUCCAGCACCACAGAACAGUGGUCUGUGGAGCGGCUGCUGGGGAAUGACACUACAGUGAUCCUGCGGCCCAAACAGGUCCUAUGGCCAGGCCCGUAUAAAGUGUACAUGGUGAUUAGGGAUCAGCAGGGAGAGCCUGCGUGCGGAGACGUCCAGGUGUUGGACUUGGAGGUGUGCAGCUGUGACAAGGACCUGACAUGCCUUCCGAGGAAGGACAGGGGUCCCAGUGCUGUCUUGGGAGCAGCGGGCGUUCUCAUGCUCCUUCUGGGAAUGUUGCUGCUUUUAUUGCUGCCUCUUCUGUUGCUGUUCUGCCUGUGUGGUACGGGAGCCCUAGCCGCAGACUUCAAGACCAUACCCUGGGGAGCCAAGGAGCACCUGAUCGCUUAUCACACUGAGGGCCAAGGAGAAGACAAGGCAGUGCCCCUGCUGGAUAUACCGGUGGUGGACGGAGGGGACGGAGGCUUUGCGAAGAUUGGUCAAGUGGGAGUUACAGGGGCCGCCGGUGCUGGGCUGGGUGGAGGAUUGUCCGGUUCGUCUCACUUCGGGAAAGUCAACAACAACAACGAGUAUGAAUACAACCAGUGGUCUUCCCAAGUCAACACGGGUCAUGGCGGGUGGAUGGGCCAAGGGCAGUUUGGCGAAGGCCAUUAUGGAGAAGGACGCUUCGAAUAUGGAAGUGGUGGAGCCUCUGGUCACAUGGGUUUACUUGAAGGCAUUGCUUUGUCAGAGGAGUUCCUUGGAGAAUACUACUCACAGAAAGCAAGCUGCAUCGAAGACCUGCAAACUCAAAAAGCGGAAAUGCUCAUCUACGAGUACGAGGGCCGGGAGUCUCCGGCUGGCUCAGUGGGCUGCUGUAGUCUUCUGGAGGAUGACAAUGACCUGGCCUUCCUCAAUGACCUGGGACCCAAAUUCAAGACUCUGGCUGAAAUCUGUGGUGGUGGGGCCACUGUCAUUGAGUCCAGUUCUGUGACUGUCACAGCUUCUCCUCCUCCUCCUCCGCAGCCCCCUGUGACAACCCAUGUGUCAUCCCAUGUGUCAUCUCAUGUCGAUAUCAGUGGAGAUAUUGCCAAUAGCAUCAGUGCUGCCAGAGCUGAGGCCAGCAGUUUGGCUACUUCCUCCUCUGUGCUCCAGGAAAGCAUCAUCUCGUCUGGACGCCCUGCUACCACCACCGUACACGUUAAGGAGAACGGUGUGGUCCCCACCCAAACGCUUCUCAUCCAGCAACCAACUCUCUACUAUGCUGCUGCUCCACCCAUGUAUGUUGUGGACCCACAGCCCCAUCAUACCCUGAUGGUAACGCCUGCUGUCAAUGUGGGUCAAAACCUGGUGAUGCUAGAGAGCAAUGCCACCAGCCAGCUGCAGGGGAUAAGUCAGGGUGUGGUUGGCAUGGGCAACAUACAGGGAGCCCACGGCUUAGUUCUGGUGGAGGGAAUGACCUCGGCUGCUGGUGAGCAGCAAGUUAUUGGCACAUUAGGCAAAAGGCAAGUGGUCACAGUCGAGACACAGCAAGGCACCAGAAGUGGCUUUGGGACAGGAACUGGCCACAGUGCGACUUUAGGCUUAGGUAGUGCUUCACUGGCAGAGACAGUAGUGUCUGCUGCAAGUGGCAGGCUUCAUCAUGAAGCCAGUGGAGGAUUGAUUCAGGUUAUCCCAUCACAAGCCAGCGCAAGUCAGAGUGUAGGGCUGAGAGGUCAAAGUGCAUCGUCUUUCAGUGUGAUGCCUGAGACCGUAAUUGACGGCACACACAAAGUUGUCGUACAGGAGAAGGUUUCGGUCACUGAGAGAACCUCGCAGUCAAGUAGCUUAGCAUAAAAUGCAACUUUUGCUUUAGUUGAUACAAAAUGUCAUACAAUUUAGGUACCAUUAUUGGUACAAUUUCCAUAAACCAAAAUAUUACAAUGGUUUGUGUGGUAUACAUUACUUGCUUUGUGGCCUGUAUUGUAGACUAGAUGGGAAAUGGUAUUUCUUUGUCGAUGCACUCUUGUGGAAGAACAUUUGAAAAGUUAUGAAUGUCCAUGUAUUUGCCAAAGGGAAUUCCAAAGUAUUUCUGUAGACAUGUUGUCAGUUGAUGAAGUCGAUAUGAUACAUCAAUAAAGAUAAGAGUUUACUCCAUGUUAGGUGGAAAAAAACCUAACAAUAUACAAUAUACAAUAUAACAAUAUUAAGACUAUAAUAUGAACUUGGCAUCCGUAAAGGAUUUGAAUGUAUUUAAGAUCAAGAUGAACUUCAAAUGAACGUCUUUAUUUCAAUACAUAAAUGUAUUAGAAUGAGCCCAACACUGUAUUUUUAUUUCAUCACUGUCUUUAUAUGCACUGUAUUUUGAAGACAAUAAACUAAGUGCCAUUUUAGGCUGUGCCAUAUUUUUUUGACAUGGCCAUUUUAGAGAAGUACUCCCACCUCUAGAGGGAGCUGUUGGUUUUGAUACAACUCUCUGCUUUUUCCAAGUGAUGUGUACAUAUUUCAUAAUGCACGCAAAAGUAUUGCUUUAAUAACAGACAACAGGUUGAUGGACUCUACAUUUUUUUCUUUCUUUUCUUGCAUUUGUUCUUUGUUAACUUGCUUUUUCAUGUAUGUAGAGUCAGUUUUUAUGGUACCAUUAUUAAAUGGACAUUAUAAAUCAUUUACUUACAUUUGUGGGUUUUUUUUUGUUCAGCGUUUUUACUUGAAUGUCACUUGGAAUUAAAAAAAA